CAAAAUUUUAUUUUAUUUUAUCGCAUAACGUAAAUUUGUUAAAUUAUUUUCUUUCCAAAAUGCAGAUUUUUUAAUAAUGUGUUAACGUUCCUCAAUCAUGGACAUUAUUCACGAUCCUCUCAUUAAAGAGAGGAACAUAACGGUAAAUUUCCCGGAAUUGGUGGAAACACUUGAUUUGGCUCUUAAAACCCCUUCAAAGGCAUCAGAACACAUUAAAGCCUUUGAAUCUAAAGCUUUUGAGAUUUACUUAAACGCUGAACAGUCUGUGGAAUGGUUAAAUAAACAAGAAAGUUCGGGAUUUAUAAAUGAAUCGCUAUUAUCUUCUUUUAGAAUUUCAUCAUUGUUGAUCAUAGAACGUUACAAUGAACUGAAUUAUAACACUCUAAAGGGAUUACUUUACUUAUGUGUGUUAGGACAUGAUAUCGGGAAAACUGUUGUAUCAAUUGUUUGCAAUACUGAAAUCACUAAUGAUAUCUGUGAUAUCAUAAUUGAAGUUAUUAACCCAUUACUCGAACUAUACGAUAACUUUUCAUUCGAGUUGAAGAGGAAUAUAUUAGUAUCAUUUUCAAAGUUGCCAGUGAUUGCCAAAUUAUCAAAUUGUUUACAACCAAUCAUACAAUAUGUAAUAUCCGAUGUAAUAAAGAAUCCUUGGAAUACGCAACUCUAUGACUUAUUUGUACUCUUAACUAUUGAUGAAGAUAAUUUAUAUGAUAUUUCACAUUAUCCAAUCUCAAAGUUUUUCAUAAAUGAGUUAACUGACUAUGAGAUUAAACAUGGGAUGAUAAGUAAGCAAUUGCACACUCAGAAUAAUGUUGUUAAUGGAGGAGUGAAUGUAGUUUUGGAAUCAUUUGAUAGUAUUAUUGGAAUAAUUAAGAUUAUGACGAAUUGUAUUCUCAACUGUGAUGUUACAGUGGUUUCGAACUUUUGUAAUUUAUUCCUGAUACCCAAUUUGAAAUAUUUAAUUGGUGAAAGAUUGCCAACAACACGUUUAAACCUAAGACAAUCUUUAUUAGCACACCAUCUCCUAAAGCUUUUAUUCAGUAUUAUGAAAAUCAAUGAUGACUUGUUGGAUGAGUUAUGUAACGGUUUCUACAUUUUCGAUUUAUUACUAGUGCCUUUAAAAGAGUUUGAACCUAACAUUUACAUCCUAUCGUCAGCCCUCGAAUUAAUUUGCUAUAUACUAUUGAAUCCUUCAACGACUGCCAAGUAUUGUGAUAUUUUAAUUGAAGAAUUUAAUCCAUCAACUCUCAUUAAUAAUAUUAAUACUGAGGAUAAUGGGCUAAACCAGUCCAGUAUGGUCAAUGGUGUUAACAAAACAAAUAUGGUUAACGGUGUUUCUAAAGGUAAAAUAACUAAAAGUAUUGGUAAUACUAAUAUGAAGGAAGUGGAUAGUAAUAUGAAAUUGUAUAAUGAAAUGGUUGAUAGGGAAAAGUACUUAUUAAAGAUGUAUAAUUGGUACUACAAAUUCAUUUCAACAUUGUUAUACCUAUCAAAUACUAAUUUCAAUUUAAAGGAGUAUGUGGAUGAUAAAUUAUUGAGUCAUGAGUUGGUAACAAAAGUAAUGGUGAACAAUGUUAUAAUUCUAACAUUAUACCCAAAUGAUAAAAUUGAUUCCAACAUUGUUAAUCAGUUGUUGCAGAUAAUUGAUUCUGUCCCAUCAAUGAGUAGUAAUAUCGCAAAUGGAGUAAUUAACAGUAUAGUAUUAACCCUAGUUAAGAGAGUAGACCUGAUAAAUCUUAACUAUGAAAAUGUUUAUAAGAUAAUUCAAUUGUUAUUGUUUACUUAUAACAAUCCAUCAAGUGAUCCUCAAGAUCAUGUGGACUUGAUCCAUCCAGUAGAAAUAGUAUCCUCAAACAUUGUAAACUUAGUAAUAAAGUUUAUAACAGAAAAUUUUAAAAACUUUCUCAAAUUCAACUCAAUAACUGAUGAUAACUUGAUGAUUUUAAUUUUAAAAUGUAUGAAAAAUGAGUCGAAAACACAAAAGGAAAUUUAUAUUGAAACGUCAGUAUACAAGAGUUAUACACAGUUAAUAAACUUGUGUAUCUAUAAUAAUAUGUUAAAGUAUAAUAGCAGGCAGUUUUUCCGCCUAUUAUUCUUUUACAAUUACGUCAUUUUAAAUGAUGAUCAAAGAAAUGAUUCAUUUGAUUUAAUCAGAUAUAUUAAUAGUAUUAAUUUGGACAAACUAUUCGACAUUGAAUAUAACAAUGUUGAUAUCACCAAUGGAAAGUUGGAGAUUAAGUCUAGCGCUGGCCUAAAGGACUCGAUUACAUAUUCUUAUAGUCAUCCCAUAGAAGAUUUAUCAUACUUUGAAAGUAAUAUGAAUGAUGAAUUAUCAUUGAUUGUAACCUUGGAAAUUGUUGACAAAUUAUUGCUAUACCUUUCACCUCUUUAUUCUAUCCACUUUAUUCACUACUUCAAUGACAGGAGGAAAAGGAAUAUAAACAGUGAGUACUGGGCAGGAUUAAUCAAAGGCUACAAAUUGACAUAUGAACAAUUUAAUGUAAUAAACGAAAAGGAAAUUAUUAAUCGUCUAAUGCAAUUCAAUGAUAAUCCUGUAUUUGUUGAUGAGUCAAAUUACUUUAAAUUGAUAUCAACCGAAAUCUUACGAUCCAACUUGUAUGAAGAUGUUCAAAUUAAUACAUCAUACGUUGUUUCAUUAUACUUAAGGAUAUUGAAUAAUCUAAUGAGACGUGAUGAACAGAUUAAAAUUAAGUUUAAGAAUCCAAAUUUCAUACGAAACUUGAUCAAAUUAACUGCAAAUCAUAAUAUAUUUGAUAAUCAUCUCACGGUCAAACUCAUCCAAUUCUUCAUACAAUUACUAAAAUACGAUAAUCGACUCAUUGUUGAAUCAAUGGAUAUUAUCAUCAUUUAUGAUAUCAUCACCAAUUUUUUACAAAUGAUAUUUAUGAGAAUGAUGUCUGAUUUGAAUAUUGAGAAUAUAAUAUCGAAUGAUAAUAUCCAAAAAUUAUUGUUGUAUUCAAGUGAAUUUCUGUUGUUAAUUACUGAGCAGAUUGGGUUAGUAAAGUUUUCAGAAACUUAUGAAAUACAAAUAUUCUUCGUUGAUAUUUGUGUUAACAAGUUUAUAAACAAUGAAUUAAUAACUGGACUGAUUAGCAUUUUAAAUGUUAUUCAAUUUUACAACCACAUCCACACCAUUACCACCGCUGAAACUGCUUCCAGUGAUUCAAAUUAUCAAGUUGGACAAAUCAUAACCAGCAUCGUUAUUAACAUAAUGUACAUUCUAAUAAGCAUAAUAAGGAAUGAGGAUUAUAAAUACUUAAUAAUAAAUAAUCUUCUGAAGAAUGAGAACACUGUUAUUCUCGCCAUUAUAAUUCAUGAAAUAAAACUCAAUGAUUCUAAACACCAGUUUCAGCUACAAUUACUCAAUCGCGAUACAGUACAACGUGUAAUUGUGUUUAAUUACAUUUCAUUCCUCACUAAUUUGGAAGAUGAUUUGGAUCCUAGAUCCUCAGUUUUAUGUAUAACGAAUGAAGAAAUAUACUUGAUAAAUUCUGAAAACACCAGUGUAAUGCUUAGGUACAGUAAAAGUGAAGUCAAAUUAUUCAACAUUAACAAGGGCCUGUUCUACCUGCUUCUCCACGAAAAUUAUUAUUUACUGUUCUUUAUAAAUAAUAAUAAUCAUCCAAUAACAAUGUAUGAUGCUCAGGAUUUGGUUCUUGAACACAAAACUCCAACACUAACUAAAUCAAAAGAUAACACUAAACAUAAAACUACUGCCAACACAGUAAGUAAAUGGUCCGGUAUAAUGUGUGAGUAUGAGGAUAAAUUAGCUGUACUAAUUGAUGAAGAUGACUGGAUUGGUAUAUACAAUGUGGAUGUGACACUGUUGAUUAAAUACAUUUACCCAGAGCUUGUUGAGGAUAAGAUUAUUUUAACCAAUUUUCUAAUCCCUAAAUAUGAAUUAAAGGAGAAACCUCCAACAACGGACCCUUUAGUGCUGGUAAAACAACUAGUUGUAAACAACAUUACCAAGGUUGAAUUUAAUGUAAAUUAUUAUUCUGUAACUUUAAGUGAUAAGGAAUCGAACGAGGAGGUUGAUUUAAACUUGAUUAAUUUUUAUAAUUUUGAGUCCUUUAAAAACCUACUAUACAACAAAUUGUACAGGACAAAUAAUAUUUGGAAGCGGUUAUUACGAACACAUGAAGAGUAA